AUGGCUCGCAAAAAUGUGUUUCUUCUUUUGUCCAUGUUCUGCCUCUUGGCUACUAGUGCAACUGCAAAAAGGGAGCUAUCCGGCUACAAGGCACCAGGCCAUGACCUUGCAGCAAGGCUUGAGGCUAGUAAAGGCCUUCUUAAGUGCUGGAUUGCACUGAAUGACCUGAAAUCUUGCAUGCCUCAGAUUGUUGGCUUCUUAGUCAUCAAUGGCCAACAAGGUAUUGGCCAUAAAUGUUGCAGUGACAUUCUCAAAAUCAAUGACUGCUGGCCUGGCAUGUUCAUUUCCAUUGGUUUCACAUAUGAGGAAGACAAAAGACUUACAGGCUACUGCGAUGCUCCUUCUGCACCUACUGCUGCCCCUUUUGCUGGCUCUCCAAUUAGUUCGGCGACCUUUAUAUAG